AUGGCUGACAACACCCGUCUCAAGGACCUUGCCAAUGAUGUUAAAAAGAUUUUGGAGCUGAUGGAAUCUCGGAACGCUGACUACAACGUGCGUUUUCACACUCUUGAAACGGCCAUCGAUGAUAUUGUGAAGAACACUGCUGAUGCCUCGUUCAGUUCAACCAUGAAGGCCCCUCCGUUUCAGGUGCGAAAUGUGAAAAUCGACUUUCCGCGCUUUGAUGGUUCUGACGUAUUGCAAUGGAUUUUCAAAGCAGAACAAUUUUUCGAAUAUUACAAUACACCGGAUGAUCAACGUUUAACCAUUGUUGCGAUUCGCCUUGACAAAGAGGUUGUUCCUUGGUAUCAAAUGAUGGCUCGCACUAAUCCUUGGGUCUCGUGGACUGGCUUUACUAGAGCUCUUGAGCUUGAGUUUGGACCCUCACCAUAUGAAUGUCCUAGGUCGGAUCUAUUUAAGUUGAUGCAAACUGGCUCUGUUCAGGAUUAUUAUGUUCAGUUUACUGCCUUGGCUAAUCGCGUCCAUGGUGUCACCUCGGAAGCUUUGCUUGAUUGCUUCAUCGGGGGUUUGAAACUUGAAAUUCGUCGCGAUGUAGUCGCUCAAAGUCCCACGACGUUAAUGCGUUCUGUCUCACUGGCAAAGCUGUAUGAAGAAAAAUACUCCUACAAGCCAAAACUAUAUCAUUCCUUUCCUACUUCUAAACUACACAAACCCAACACUGGCCCUUCCAUGUCCCAAACGGUGAAGUCCACCAGCCUCCCUGCACUCCUUCCGACACCCCCAAAAUCGACCUUCACACCUUCCAAUGUGAAGAAAUUAUCACCCGCUGAAGUUCAACUCCGUCGAGAGAAGGGAUUGUGUUUUACGUGUGAUGAGAAAUAUUUUCCUGAUCAUAAAUGUCUUAAUAAACAAUACUUAUUUUUGCAAAUUGUUGAUGAUGAAAAUUUGCAGGUUGAACCCGAACCACCAGACCCCAAUUCUCAGUUGGAUCCUAUGAGUAAUCUUGAACACCACUUGUCUUUUAAUGCGUUAAAAGGAUCUUCUGGUGUCGGCACAAUGAGAUUUCAAGGCUCUAUCCAUGGCAUGAGGAUUCAAGUUUUGCUUGACAGUGGCAGCUCCGAUAAUUUUCUCCAACCUCGCUUAGCUUCCUGCCUUAAAUUACCCAUUGAGCCAGUCCCAAAUUUUCAUGUGUUGGUAGGCAAUGGAAAUUCUUUAAUUACUGAAGGGUUAGUGAGCAAGUUGGAAGUAAUGAUUCAAGGACAUUCCCUUCACCUACCAACCUACCUUUUGCUUGUUACUGGUGCUGAUUUAGUUCUGGGAGCUGCUUGGCUCGCCACUCUGGGUCCCCACAUCUCUGAUUACAGCACACUGACUUUAAAAUUUUACUUGGACAACAAAUUUGUUAUGCUUCAUGGAGAUAAAUCCAUCACAGCCAGCCCAACUCAGUUCAAUCAUUUAAGAAGGAUGUCUCAUACGAAGGCUAUUGCAGUACUUUUUACAUUACAGGCCCAACCUAUAAUGGGUCCUCAGGAGGAGAGGUUGGAGAUACCUCACGACAUGGACCCUGAAUUAUCUAGAUUGUUGCAUCUGUAUAAACCAGUCUUUGCUAUUCCAAAAGGGUUACCACCUCACAGGUCUCAAAACCAUGUUAUUCCCUUGAUGCCAGGUGUCGGCCCUGUCAGAGUAAGACCAUAUAGAUACCCUCACAAUCAGAAGCUACAAAUUGAAAAAAUGAUCCAGGAGAUGUUAGAGGACGGUCUCAUUGUUCCUAGCAAUAGCCCAUUCUCUUCUCCAAUCGUGUUGGUAAAGAAAAAAGAUGGCACAUGGCGUUUUUGUACAGAUUAUAGGGCUGUAAAUGCAAUCACUGUUAAGGAUAGUUUUCCUAUUCCUACGGUGGACGAACUCAUUGAUGAAUUACAUGGAGCAAGAUUUUUCUCUAAACUGGAUCUCCGAUCUGGUUAUCAUCAAAUCCAGAUGAAAGAGGAGGAUAAAUAUAAAACGGCUUUUCGAACACACCAAGGCCACUAUGAAUGGCUCCUACUGUUUCUGCAUCAACUAUAUGCUCGCCUAUCUAAAUGUUCAUUUGGCUUGCAAAAUGUGGACUAUUUGGGCCAUUCAGUUUCAGGAUCUGGGCUGUCCAUGGACAAAGACAAAGUUGCAACUGUGAUGGAUUGGUCGGUUCCUAUUAAUAUCAAACAACUGAGAGGGUUUUUGGGCCUCACCGGGUACUACAAAAGAUUUAUUAGGGGAUAUGCAUCUAUCACUGCACCUUUGACCAACAUGCUAAAGAAAGAUAAUUUUCAGUGGACCAAGGAGGCAUUAACAGCAUUGGACUCCCUCAAAAUUGCCAUGACACAAGCUCCGGUCUUAGCCUUACCUGAUUUUGAGAAACCCUUCACCUUGGAGACUGAUGCUUCCGGUUUGGGCAUAGGGGCUGUUUUGAGCCAAGAUAAUCACCCUAUUGCUUUUUUCUCGAAGAAAUUAACUCCUUCUUUGCACAAGAAGUCAGCGUAUACCAGAGAAUUUUACGCCAUCACUGAAGCGAUUGCCAAAUUUCGACACUAUUUGCUGGGACAUAAAUUUGUGAUUAAAACAGACCAAAAAAGUUUGAGAAGCUUAACUGACCAAGCCAUUCAGACUCCGGAGCAGCAAGCUUGGCUUCACAAAUUACUUGGCUAUGAUUUUACCAUUGAGUAUAAACUUGGUAAAGACAACAUUGCUGCCGAUUCAUUAUCCAGGUCUUUUCAUAUGAAAAACAAUGAUCCACAUUACUGGGUAUCGGAUGGUCUAUUAUAUUGGAAGGGUAGAUUGGUUCUCCCUAAUGAUCUUGAUCUUCAACAGCAAAUUGUAUAUGAAUGCCACAAUUCUUUAAUUGGUGGCCAUGCGGGAUAUACUAGGACUCUGGCUCGCGUUCUUGCACAAUUUCAUUGGCAUGGACUUUUGCAACCUUUACCUAUUCCAAAUCUGGUUUGGGAGGAUGUUGCAAUGGAUUUUAUUACUGGCUUGCCUCCAUCCCAUGGGUACAUAGUCAUUAUGGUUAUCGUUGAUCGUUUAUCCAAAUAUACUCAUUUUGCCGGCUUGAGGGCAAAUUAUUCUAGCAAGGACUCUGCGGCUGUCCAAGAUCAAUUGAUUCUCAGAGAUGCUACAUUAGCUCAACUAAAAGAUAAUUUACAAAGGGCUCAGCAGGUAAUGAAGAAAUAUGCUGACAAGAAAAGAAUCCCUAAGGAAUUUGCUGUAGGUGAUAUGGUGCUGGUCAAGCUGCAACCUUAUCGGCAACACACUGUUGCUUUGAGAAAAAAUCAGAAGCUCAGUUUACGGUAUUUUGGUCCUUUUUCCGUGGUGGAACGCAUUGGUGCAGUUGCAUACAAGUUACUAUUGCCUCCCUCAACCAAAAUCCAUCCGGUAUUUCACAUAUCUCAACUCAAAAUUUGCCAUGGAAAUCAUACUCAACCGUACGUUCCUUUACCACUCACUAUUAAUGAGCAAUUCCCCAUAAUUCAACCCAUGGACAUCCUGCACACUCGUGUUAUUUUAAGGGGACAGCAACAGAUUCCACAAUUGUUAAUUCAGUGGGAAGGCAUGGAUGAAUCUGAGGCUACCUGGGAAGAUAAAGAUGCUUUCAUAGCUGCAUAUCCAUCCUUCAACCUUGAGGACAAGGUUGUUUUUAAAGAGGGAGGAAUUGUAAUGGAUGAAAAGGAGGUGGGACCAAAAGGAGGGGCUCAAUGCAGGAGAAGCACACGUGUGAAGUGGGCCAGCUCAAAAUUACAUGGUUUUUAG